AUGUGGGCACUGUUAGGUGUGGUGGCAUUAGCCACAACAGCAUCAGCAUGUCGGCCAAGCAUGACCACCGUGAGUGGCAGCCAUGCCCCCCAAACCGUAUGUUCUGGUGACAUGAUCUUCGCGGAUGACUUCAAUGAGUUCGACUUAGAGAAAUGGCAACAUGAGAACACGCUAUCCGGCGGUGGUAACUGGGAAUUCCAAUACUACAACAACAACCGAUCAAAUUCAUACGUGCGAAAUGGUAUUCUAUACAUUAAGCCCACGCUGAUGUCAGACCAAUAUGGAGAGGGCUUCCUCACCAACGGUGUGCUCAACGUCGAGGGAGGAGCACCUGCUGAUAGAUGUACCAACCCACAAUGGUACGGUUGUGAGCGUACAGGAACGCCACAAAAUAUCUUAAACCCCAUUAAAAGUGCCAGGCUGCGUACAGUUAACUCCUUCAGCUUCCGUUAUGGGCGUGUUGAAGUGAGGGCUAAAAUGCCGGCUGGUGAUUGGUUAUGGCCAGCUAUUUGGAUGAUGCCAGCCUUUAACUCAUACGGUACCUGGCCAGCCUCUGGAGAAAUCGAUAUUGUAGAGUCUCGCGGCAACAGAAACAUGUUGUCGAACGGCCAGCACAUUGGUACCCAAGAAGCUGGAUCUACUUUACACUAUGGACCAUUCCCGGCACUCAACGGCUGGGAAAGAGCCCACUGGCUUAGGCGAAACCAACAGGGAUACGACAGAAACUUCCACAGAUACCAACUGGAGUGGACACCAGACUACCUCCGAUUCAUGAUUGAUGACCGAGAAAUCGGAUACAUCGCACCACCAGCUAAUGGUGGUUUUUGGCAGUUUGGAGGUUUCGGUUCCAAUCCGAACUAUCGUAACCUAGACAACCCAUGGCAGUCUGGCAGCAAAAUGGCACCAUUCGAUCAGAAGUUUUACCUCAUUAUGAACUUGGCUGUCGGUGGAACUAACGGAUUUUUCCCUGACGGUGUAUCAAACCCAGACCCUAAACCAUGGUGGAACGGGUCACCAACUGCACCUAGAGAUUUUUGGAACGCGCGCAACGCGUGGUUAAGAACAUGGAACGGUGAGAAUGCCGCCUUGCAGGUCGACUAUGUCCGAGUUUGGGCUUUGUAA